ACAAUUCGGGUUGAUUCUAUGCAAACAUCGAAAUUAUGGACAUAUUUAUUUGGCUUAUAAAAAUGUUUUACUCCAGUACAUUUAUUUAAUUCUAAAAAUACGCAUUGAUUACAUUUUUACCAUAACAACAGUCAGUGGUAGGCAAGGCUGCUCCUGUGGAAGUGUUGAACGAAUUUUCAAGGUCAAAAUGGCUGUAAACGUAACAUUCAAUAUAAGCGACACAAUACCUUUAGAGUAUGAUGAUAUCUUCGCAUACUAUUCGAAAGAAGAACAAGAGUACUACAGUCGAAUUCGAAGCAUCUCCACAUUUCGAAUGGUCAUGGAUAUCAUCAAAUUUUUCCUUUGCGUCUUCGUAGUUAUCAUCGAUAUCUACUUAAUAGUCGUGAUGAUGAGGAAUAAAAGAUUGAGGGCGUGCAAAACUAACAAAUACGUACUGAAUUACGCGAUUUUUAAUUUACUGUCGUUCGUUGCUCUGCCGUUUUUCGCAAUUUUCGUGGAACUUUUGCGCACUGUACGCUUGUCUAGCUGGUCCUUCUAUUGCUUGGAGAGGCAAGUUGAAGAUUGUUCUAUGAUCGGUUUAUUCUUGUGCUGUUUCGCUUUAUCAUUCGAAUGGUUAAUAACCGUCUAUUAUAACUCGAACGUCAAUCAAAUCAUUAUCAAACUUUACACUUAUUCCUUGCACAUAAUUUACGCUUUAAUUUUUGCUCUACUUGUUCUAUACACUUUGUUAUGUUUCGAAGUAUUUUAUAUCAACAUUGUUCUCAAUAUUAUACUUUACGUUAUUUUACUGAUAUUUAUCCUAAUUUGUAACUAUCUAAGAGUAAAAAUUCCGAAUCCAACCAGCAAGAAAAUGUUUUCCCUUAACAUAGCGACAGUAAUGACGCUCUGUUGGUUGCCCCUUUUCAUCUACCAUCUCUUGAGCUCUUUCUUUUACCGAUCGUACACAUUGAGAUUUUUACUUAUGGCCAGUUAUUUCAUACCGGAAAUAUUGGCGUACUGCAGUCCUAUAAUCGUCGUUUUUCUAUUGGGAAAGCUAAAUAAAUACUACAAAGUCGCGUUUAUUCAGUCCUGCUGCUGCAUUUCGAACCGAAAUUACAGCGGAGACGAUGAGAGUUUCAUGGAAGAUGAUGAAGAAGACAAGGAAAACGUCGAUGACUUGGCCAACAAGGCGGAAAUUUUGUAAAAUUAAUGAUAAAAUUAAUAAAACAGUCAUGUAUUUA